AUGAGCGACUCAUGGAGGCCUGUGCUCGUCUUAUCGCUGCGGAAACUCGGCGCGAAGGCGCGGGGACCAGAUGUAGAAGUCACCCCUGGCGCUUCUCAAACUGAUGAGGUAACCGCGCACCCGUUCCUUGACGAUAUCCUAAUCGGGCUAGCGUACCGGAUGGCCUGGACCGCUGAGUCAUCAAUUGGAUGCGUGGGCUUGAAGCCGCAAUUUCGCAUUCUUCGAGUCUCCUGUGUCGCAUCAACCAUGGAUUUCGCCAGUCUUACGCGCCCGUCAGUCAUCUGCCACUGCCGACGUUGCUUCAGCUCGUUGGCUGUCUUGGAAAAUGAAUGGGCUGAGGUUUCCAGUUUCUAUGCCACGGCAACGGCAUGGCUGAGCGUCGACUCUGACCGUAUCUCAGUGUCCUCGCAACGCAAGAGGAUCCCUGAGACGUCCGACGCGAGUCUGAUCAGGGGUCGCAUCGCACAGGAGGCAUGUUGCAGAAUGUGUCCUACCUCAUCAAAGCUGGGUGUACUGGUGGAAAUGGAUAAUGGUCCGAUCUUCAUUUGGAAAAUGUCCAAAGUUGCCUUUAGGGAAGUCGUGUCGAUGCGUCCCACCGAGCCCGUCUUUAAACAGGGGGCAAUCGAGAAAUUAAUCAACCCGCCGCCGAAAGAGCCCCUGCGCAGUGCCCGUAGCUCGAUCCAUGAUGAUGCCCUUGUUCCUGCUGGCGCAACCGAUUUUCGCUCCAUGGAACCUAUGAUGCAGCAACACAUGCAACAUCAGGGACGAAGUAUCGAUCAAAUCUCGAGCUCAGUGAACAACCUGCAGGACACCAUGUCAGACCUCAAACACUCGUUCACAGCUCUUCGAAUCGAACUGAGUGGCCCAAACCGGUAUGUGGGGGAAACCGGGGCCACAAACGGAACGAAUUUCGACAUGAUCGCGACCGUAUUGAAAGAGUUGAAGAUCAAGUCGGACGAGAUCGAAAAACUCAAGCUGGAGAUCGAGGCGUUGAAACUGAAGGCCCGCUUGGCCGAAGAAUCAAAACCACACACACCGGACUAUAUGUUUGGCUUGGAAGGAGCGCUGCCGCAAGUGCAAAGUCCCGAUUUAUUACAAGCCGGGCGGAAACGUGGCUGGGACGAUACGUUUUCCGGUCGAAACACCUUGACUGUCGCGGAUUCGUUCGACGAAGAAGACAUGGGGGAUGAUAUAUCGAUUACUGGGGAAUACGCCGUCAAUGGGCAUCAUAUCCCUCUGAGAGAAUUAGCACAGGACAGGUCGACUCCGCGGCAACAAGAUCCUUAUGCCCCACCCAACGACCGAGAAUGGAGGCCGAGUAAUCCUGAGCAGAGCCCGGCGAAGCGGCAACGUCUCACUCAGCUGCGAAAGGAGGGAAAUCAAAACCCUGAGCGGAGAGGUCCCGGCCGGCCCAGAAAGUCGACCGAUGGUACAGUUCCGACCUCACAGAAACCUCAGCGCAACGGAGAGUCCCAAGCGUCAGGGUCAAAUCCAAACUCUGCUCCACGCCCGCGUGGAAGGCCGCGUCGCAGUGUUCUCCCGGGAUCUGAUCAAACAACUGAACCAGAUUCUCAAGACAUGCAAAAGAUGCAAGAGAUGAACCGGUCCGAACAAAGCCCCGUCAAAGGCACUGCCGCCGCCACCACCUCCUCUACUGGCGAUGCCAGUUCAACGCUGCCAGCCGGGAUUGACGUUCCUGCUCAGCUCAAAAUUUCAAGUCAGAACGGAAAACCCACUCGAAGCGAAGUGCCCACUCGGCCCGAAAUCCAAAAAAGGGCAGAUGGGGGCGGUCCGAAAGGAAUGAAGGGAGAUCAAAAUGACACAUCCGCAAGGCUAAAACGUAGGGCCAGUAUUGCGGCGCGGGACGCUAUGGUUCGCAAUGAGAUGUGGCGCGAGGAAGCGAUGGAAACGGAGCAAGCAUGA